AUGCAAAAAACUACAGUUGACCAGCCGACCAAAGAGGUAUUACCUACAACUUUUGUGAAAAAUUUAAGAGAAAAGUUGGCGGGAAGUGUUGUUUUGAAAACGCCCAAGGGAGGGGAAUAUGUCGUUGAAUUGGUGAGAAAUGGAGACGGUGUCGUGUUAUUGAAAGGUAAGUGGAAGGAAUUCGCAGAUGCGCAUUGUUUGCAAAAGGACGAUACUUUGAUUUUCAAGUAUCAUGGCAAUUCUGAAUUCGAUGCUACUAUGUUCGAUGGAAAAACGGGUUGUGAAAAGGUAUGCAGUUACUUUGUCAGGAAGGAAGAGGAUCUCGUCGAGACGCCUCAUAAUGCAAAAGAAAGCGUGAGUGAAGAAAACACUAAUAAAAGCAAAUGUGAAGAUGAUUGCGUCUUGAUUUCCCCGCACGAUAAUAAGAAUUCUUCGACUAUUAGCGGUUCGGUUGGUGGUCGGACAACAAGAAAGCGGUCGGGUAAAAAUACUGUGUGCGAAGAUGAUAUUGACUUUGUAUCGUCGCGCAAGGGUAAAAACAUCAUGAGAGCUAUGCGCGGUUCAAUCAGCGGUUCGAUUGCUAGGAAGCAAUUGGCCACAAAAUUGUUUGAAGGUGGAUCGUGCGACAUAUCCAGCGUUGAAGUAAAACAGAAUUUUAUUAGAGAAGAUUGUGAAAAUGAUAUACAACAGCCAAAACGUAGAGUCGUCACAGAUAUAGAGAAGCAACGGACACUGGAGAGGGCGUUUGAGGAAUUAAACGACAAUGGUCUCUUAAUACCCAUGCGAGCAUCCUAUGUCUAUGCUAGGUUUUUCUUGCUUUUGAUAUUUAUGAUGGUUUUUGAAUGUUUGGUGAAGGUUUUCUCAUUGAAAUGGGCGAGAAGCCAAGGCCUGAAGGGGAAACAAGAACUGGAACUUCGCAUGGAUGACAAGUCGUGGUACGUGAAAUUUUACGAUAGGGAAACGUCGGUCGGACUAACGAGAGGCUGGAAGACGUUUGUGCUGGACAACGGGUUGGAAGAGGACGACGUGUGUUUGUUCAACAUCGUUCCCGGGUCGUAGCAUCCCGUUGCUAUCAACGUUCGUGUUUUUCGCGUAGCCGAUGAUGUCAAUUGGAGCCCCAAGAAUAAUGAAUCAUGCAACACAAAUUUGAUGUAAAAAUUAUUUGCAUGUUUCAAAUUAUGUAAAAAACAAAGUUGGCGGUUUGAGUUGUUUACCAAGAAUUUCAAAUUUUGUGUGUAUUAUUAGGGAUAAGUAACAUAGGGAGAAAUGAUGAAGUUUGAAUAUUUCGUAUAGAAUUGUGUUCAUUUCAAAACAAGGAGUAGAGUUAAAAAGGGUAAAAGACAAUUUUCGUCCCACAGCUAUAGGCCAUUUUCGUUUUAGUCUCGUAAGUUUCUAGGGUUUCAAUUUGGUCCCGUAAAAUUGAAAAAUUCGCAAUUUCAGUCCAAAUUUGGCCGAAAAAUUUUGUGGCUCGCCGGAAAAAGUCACAUGCGAUGCAUGUGACUUUUAAAAUUGGGGGCUCGAUUCUGAUUGGCUGGAGAAGCUGAUGUGGCGCAUAUGUGGCACAUACGUGGAAAUUAAAAAAAAAAAAAACUGAUGGGAAAUCAAAGUUGUGAAAUCCCCGCCAUUCGCCGCCACCUUCUCUCUUCAAUUCCGCCGCCGUUA